AUGGGGGACAACAAAACGGCAAGUAUCUGGAGGCCAGGUGUCCUCUGCGGUGCCCGAGGAGGCUGAGCUCUCCUCCUCCGCACCCCAGUGGUCAGGCCUGCUGGAAUCUCGGCACUUCUCCAGGACCAGCCUACACCAGGACGGUGUGGGACACAGCACAUUCACCUGUCACCCAGCCACCAUUCUGGUUCCAAGGCUGCGUCUCUGCACUGCAGUGCUGAGAGGACUGUCAGUGUUUCGUUCCUGGGCGUAGGCCCAGUGGCUUGUUUGAAUCCUUCCUCUACAAUGGACGACUCCCUGGCUGCAGUCCUCACUUUCCAUGGUCACCAGGGCCUUGCACAAGCUGUCACUAUGUUCGGAUGGAUGCACUGCAAAGCUGCCAAGGCAGGCCUCUUGGCACUCCUGGCUUCCACCUUUGCUGGGCUUCGUUGCAUCAGCUAUCACGAUGUGGGUGUCUGCAAGGCGGGGGCCGUGCUGUGGAAGCGCUGA